AUGUCUGCCCAAGCUGAGCAACAAGCGGUCCAACCCGAGCAACAGGCAGUCCAAUCUGAUCAAGUGAACAUACAGUUUCCACCUAUGCCUGAUAGAGUAGGAGAGGACCAAGACGAAGAAAUAAUGGCGGCUGAACGAGAGGCAAGACAGGCCGGACAGCCCACCAAACUAGGGUGCGUCCAUUGUAGACGAGAGUAUGCCACCGAGGCUGCUUGGAUACGUUGUGAUAAAGCCCAUCCCAAUUUGAUAUUCUUUCUAUGCGAGGAGCACUCGCCUCCUACCCCGGGUCGCCCUGGUGUUCCCUCGAACAUCACCCCUGGCGAUCCAAAUUGCAGGUGUUUGCAAAUGUACUGCAGUUUCGAAAAUUUUUAUCAACACUACAAUAUCAACCACGGCUGGGAUUCGAUAGACGAUCUCCUAAAACGGAGUGAUUGCGGGAAAGACAACUUCUUUUGUGGGUUCUGUGUCAAAAAGAAGAAAUACCCACGCGCUAUACCCGAUGACACGCAAGCCACGACCGACAGAAAUAUGAGAAUCCGUCAAAGACAUAUCUUAAAACAUUACCGAGAUGGCGCAAAAAGCAAAAAAUGGUUUUUUCCGCCCCUCAUGGACACCCCUCGGUCUAAUCGUCGAUAG